GAAUCGAGUCGCGAGAGAUGUCUCGAAUGAUGCGAUCGAGAAAGAAAAAACGGUCGAACGUGUCGAUCGGUCGAUAUCGAACGUCAGCCAUAUCUCUCUCUAGUGGCGAUUUAGCGAACAAGUACGGACGGCUAACCAACGCUCGUAAGUACAUAUCACGGAUCUCUCGUCAAAAGAUAAUUUAGCCUGCGAGGGAAAAAAAAGAAGAGGAAAUGUCGCGAAUCGCCGCCGUGAAGGAACACCUCGAGAAGGCGUUGAGAGACGAGAGCAAACCGUGGACGAAAAUGUUCGCCCUCGCGGAGGAGAAGACCGGCGUUGAUCGGCUGUACAUCUUUGUUGGCUCAUUGGUGCUGCUGGCUGUAUAUCUGGUGUUUGGAUUAGGACAACAGCUAGUGUGUAAUAUAAUUGGUUUUGUUUAUCCUGCAUACCAAUCUAUGAAAGCGUUGGAAAGUCCUAAGAAGGAGGACGACACAAAGUGGCUUACCUAUUGGGUCGUUUUUGCUGUAUUUACUAUAGUAGAAUUCUUCUCAGAGUAUAUUGUCUGCUGGUUUCCAGUUUAUUGGCUAUUCAAGUGUAUAUUCUAUGUAUGGUUGAUGCUACCAUCAGGAGAGUACAAUGGCUCCAUGAUUCUGUACCGACGUAUCAUCCGUCCAAAGUUUAUUCAAUAUCAGCCUGAAUUAGACAGAUUUUUGUCUAAUGCACGUGACAAAGCAAUCAAGACUGCGGCGGACGCACUGCUGACCAACAAGCCAGAUGCAACCACAAAGCAAGAUUAAUGAAGCAGUAAAUCAAACAAACUGAAAGUCCAUUUGCGUCUUUCCCUUUUUACUCAUUCCUAGCAAAGAGAGAGAGAGAGAGAGAGAGAGAGAGAGAGAGAGAGAGAGAGAGAGAGAGAGAGAGUGAAUUUUGUGCUCGAAUAUUACAGAAAAUGUUAUUACAUUAACAACUACAAAGAUUUAAAAAAAAGCCAAACAAAUAGAAAUUUUCACUACCCUGGAGAUAAAUAGGCAAUUACCAAAUGGAUCAGGAGAAACUAAAGUUGUGCAAAUUUAUAAAUAGAUAGCGAAUACGUAUGCAAGAAUGAAAAAAAGCCUUCUGAAAAUAAAUCAUUUACAGUAUAAAGUCUGCUUUCAAAAUUAUAAAAUAAUGUAGUUAAAAAUAGUUUCAACAUAGAAAUAAGAGUUUUAUUUUCAGAUAAAACUCGGCUUAUCGUUUACAGUGAUCCUGAGCCAACUAAACAUAAAACUUGGAAUGUUUUUGUAUAAUAGUGUAGAUUGGUCGCUUGUUUUUUUUUUGCCAUUUGCAUAAUCAUUGAUUAUUAUGCACGUUUAUUAGAAUACUUUACUUUUAGAGGAAAGUUUUACAAACAUCAAAUGCUGAUUAUUUGAUUUUAUUAAUUCAUUAUCUUUUUUGAGAGAAAGAGUAAGAAAGAAGAUAAUCCAGAUAACGAUAAUGGUAUAUUGAUAAUGUUUGGUUUUCUAUCUUAAAAUGUUUACGGUAUCUGUCCGAAAUAGAUGUUGGUGAAAUCAGUUUUUAGUAGGUAAGUUGUUUAUGAGGCAUUGUUGAUAAGAAACUAAAUUUCUUAUAUAUUAGGAUUUCUUAUCUACAGUAAGGAUGAUUUAAAUAAGUAAGGAUGAAAAAAAUAUCGAAGAUAAUAAUCGAUAUAUGAUAACCAGAAGCUACAUGUAUUCAGAUACGUAGUUAAAUCUAAUCUAAGAAUUUGAAUUGAUCUUUGCAGACUGCAAAUGUUGCCAUCUCAUUGUUGUAUCGCGAUAAGGCGAACUUUUAAAACCUAUCAGGAAUUAUUGCCUUCUAGUUAGUACACGAGUCGUCAAUGAAACGACACGCACAAUUAGCUUAAAUUUGUACAUUAUAUAUAUGUGAAAUUGCAUCUUAAUUUGCAUGCGAUUGUCCUUUUAUGUUUAUAGUAUACCUCUACCGAUAGCUUGAAUAAUUUCUCGCUUUUUGAAAUAUAGGACACAAGCUUAAGAUAUUGUAUAUUGCUCAAAUUAUAAACCGUCUUGUACAACUUAAUAGUUAAUUAUAAUCACGUAUCCGAUCAAGUUUCACCGAUCGUUGUUCCAUUUGUGAAUUCUAUGAAAUGAAUCUCGAAGGACAAUUUUUCUAUAUCUUUUUCUGUCACUCUUAAAGUUUUUAAUAUACAUAUGGUGUUACCAGUUGUUGCCGAGAGAGGAAUAUUACGGGUUUUAAAAUUGUAAAUUUAGAGA